AAGCAAUAAGUUUAAAACAAUUUUCUUCUACUGAAAUUUCUGAACUACAAAAUUCAAUUGAUGCAUUAAACCUGAAAGAUCCAAUCACUGUAGAAUGUUUUAUUUGCAUUGAUGAUAAAACACCAAUGCAAGAACUAACAGAUGAAGAAAUUAUUAGAGCAGUAGAGUCAAAUCCUGAGGUUGACGAUUCAGAUGAAGAGGAAGAAGUGGAAAUGAUGGUUAUUUCUGAUAAAGAGGCAAAUAAUUUUACAAUUAGCUAUCAAGAAUUAAAAAUGAUUAAUGGUUUAAAAUCAAAAAUUCAUAAACAUGUCAGGAUAAUGCAAAACAACUUACACUAG